AUGCACCGGGUACGGACGCGGUGGUGGAGGAGCCACAAGUUCUGGCUCAACGUCGACGUCCACUGCGUCGUCCGGGGGCUCCAGUACCUCGUUCGCAUACAGGUUUGGAGCAGCUGGUCUGGCAAGAAUCCAGGCCGGGAGCGGCGCCGCCGCCGGCAUGGCCGGUUCGGGCGGAGCAUUAGAAGGCCCAGCACCAUCGCGACCUCGGGCGCCAUGUCCAAGACGUGGUCCACGGCGACGGAAACCGUUCCGGCGGCCUCCCAACCGGCGCAGAUCAUGGGCGUGGCAGUUGUGGCGGCGAAGUCCGCCAACACCAUGGCGAUGGCGACGGCCCUGUCGGCGUCUACCGCUGCUAUGAACAAGGUGCAGGAAGAAGGACAUGAGACCACGAGGCAUCCUCUCACCUUUUCCUUUCUUCCCUUCUGGCUCUCUUUUCUGGCGACUGUCGCCGGCGUGAUUUGCCUAUGCGUGCUCUGGGCAGAGACUCGUGGUGAUAACGUGUGA